CAUUAUUGGAAAACGACAGUUUUAAUCCUUAUAAAUGCAAAUCUAACAUGUCUAACAUGGAUGACUUCAGGCCUCCGGAGAACCCUUAUGGCCCACCUGUAGCUCCUUCUCAAAGGACUGAGGUACCUUCACAAAGAGGGUACAGGGGAGGAAGCCGUGCAAGGCAGCAGCGACAAUGGAGUCGUGGAAGUGGAGGGAGCCAACAAUCUGGUAACAAUAACCUGGGGUAUAAUGGCAGUAACACUGGCAAUAGUGGAAGGGGAAGAAGAGACAAUAAUUAUUAUGGCCGACGUCCGCGUGAUAAAAGUAGGGAAGGGUGGGGAUAUAGACAGUAUAAUGACCGUCAAGGAAGAUCUUAUCGUGAUGGCUCGUCAUAUCGUGAUAGUUCAUCUUAUAGAGAUGGAAGUUCUUCUCAUCGUGACCGAAGCAGGGAUAGUUGGCAAGGUCAACGGCAGUAUAAUGACCGGUCAUCACGUUCGUAUCGUGAAAACAGCUGUCCACCAAGACAAAACCGAUUGAAUCAACAACAUGAUCGACAACCGCCGUGGCAUCAAGAACGUUACCACCAAUAUCCACCUCAGAAUGGUAUCGUGCAACAAAGUAGUUGGGCUACUAAUAACAUUUCUGGGUCAUCUGGUCCACACGGACCGCAUUCACAUCCGCAUAGUGCAUUGCUGUCACAAGGAGUUUCGCAACAGCCACAUUCAUCACAAUCAUUGCCAGGGCAACUCGGACCUCCGGGUGUGCCUGGACAUAGUCUUCAAGGCGCUCAUGGAAUACCUCAGGGUCCUCCCGGUCAAAUAAGUCACCAAGGACAGAUUAGUCAAGGGGGACAUAUUGGUCACAUAAGUCAACAUGAACAUGAACGGCAGCAAUCUUCACAUUUGAGUCAGCCAGGUGCGCCUGGAACACAUUCAUCAAUUGGCCUAUAUAGUGAUCAAAAUAAUUAUCAAGAGCCUGCACCAUUUCAAGGGCAAUUGCCUCCACACAUUCAAACGUGGGAUCAACAUGCACCAAAUUAUCAUCAUCAGCAUGGCCACCAUUAUCCAACAGAUAAUUAUUAUCCCCAUCAAGCAUACGAACAUUAUACAGGUCAAUAUUCAUAUAUCAACGGUAGCGAGUAUAACCAGCCAAUAGAUAAUAAACAUACGAUACCACCGCAUCCGCCACCCCAACCUCCAAAUGUAUCACAUUUUGGAAUACAACAUGCGCAUGCAAAUACCACACACCCACCACAUAUAUCGCAGUUGCGAUCACCAAUAUCGCCAAACCAUUCAUACCAACAACCUCCUCAUCCCCAACCUACUACAUUACCGAUCAGACCAACUCAGCAACCAGUGAUUCCACCUCCUUCACAGCAAGGUGCACAAAAUGUUCCAACUGGAUUAGCACAAGUGAAUAUUACCCCAUUACAAAUUAAACCAACUGAACUAUAUGAAAAAUUAGGCCAAGUAGGAGAAGGCACAUAUGGGCUGGUAGAUAAUAGUCUAAUAAAUUGUGAUAUUGGAUUUGUUACUAUCAUUGAACUCUCGUUUUAUAGCAAAGUAUACAAAGCUAAAAAUCGUGACACUGGUGAGAUAGUGGCGCUCAAGAGAAUACGCAUGGAAUCAGAAAAGGAAGGGUUUCCUGUUACUGCUUUACGUGAAAUUAAGCUUCUUCAAAGACUUCGACAUGAUCAUAUAGUUCAUUUAAAGGAAAUAAUGGUUUACCAAGAACUUAAAUUGGCCGACUUUGGACUUGCUCGUCAUUUUAAACCUCACCGAAUGCAUGAUUAUACAAAUCGUGUGAUUACAUUAUGGUACCGUCCUCCGGAACUUUGUUUGGGUGCUACUGAAUACGGACCGGAAGUCGAUCUUUGGAGGGCUGAUGAAAUCUCUCAGCUUGAAAAAAUAUUUGAAUUAAUGGGCGUGCCAACAUGUCAGGAAUGGCCAUCCAUAAUAGACUUGCCAUGGUAUGUGGCACUUCAAUUUCCUGAAAUUUUGAAGCCCAAAUUCAGAGAAAUAUACUCGAAGGUUCUAUCUUCAGCAGCUCUUGAGUUAGUUGAAGCUCUUUUAUCGGUGAAUCCUGCUAAACGACCCUCUGCCCGAGAGGCCUUGAAUUUUGCUUAUUUUACAUCCGAAGAACCCUUAGCAUGUUCUCCGGGGGAGUGA